AUUGAGGCAGCAUCACUGCGGCUUGAAGCCUGGAGAAUCAUCCGCCUGGAGAAUCAUCAGUGUUACAUACAACCUGAGAAAGAGAGAAACACGGCCGUCAGCGAGGACACUGACCUUCUUGACACCGAGGCACAUGACGGAGAUGAUGUCCCUCAAAGUGGGUACAGCGAACUGCUAUUUUUCGACUUUGAGUGUCGCCAAGAAAAUGGAAAUCACGAACCCAACUUGUGCGUAGUACAAAACGAAGCAGGAGACGAGUGGGUAUUUGAAGGAGAUAAUACGAAGAAUGAAUUUUGUGAAUGGCUUUUUACAAAGGAACAUGUAAACUGUAUCGUGUUGGCUCACAACUUUCAAGGUUACGACGGUUACUUUAUUCAGCAGUACUUACACGAGAAUGGCGUAAUUCCCGAAGUCAUUCCCGAAGUCAUUCCAUGGUGCCAAGAUCCUAACGUUAAAUGUUCCAAUGUUCAAGAUUAA